AUGGCCAUACGGCUUCAAAAAUACCAUCGACGUUGCGAAUUGCUGUUUGUCGAUACCCCAACCCCCCGAGACGAUGUCUUCGAAGUGAACCGCCGAAACGCAGAGGCAUGGCACAGAAAGACCGACGAAAUGUGGUUGGCAUCUUUGAAAAAUGAGGACGUUUUUUCUUCCCAGGCUCGUAAGAAAGUAUCUGACCAUGUGAAGGAAAAUCUCGCACAAAUCGUAUAUCGGAAUGAGGAUGAGCAACGGAAGGGACUAGGAAAGAAAGCAGAGAAUGCGUUAAAGGAACAUCUCGACAUACUUGGGCCAGUUGCCAGAAGGGUAUGCACCAAUUGGCUCUCCGAUCAAGAGGCGCCACCGACCCCUAUGCAAGACCGAGUCGAGGACGAGGCCUUAUCAGCCAACUCCAUAACAGAAUCGCGAUCGCCCAUCCUGCCAUGCAGCUUGGACAAAUCAAUAAUCGUAGCGUCUACGGUUACAGCUCCAUCUUUUGUGGUCGACGAGCCAGAUCAGUCGCUCGUCGUAACGAAUGAACAUCAAGACGUAAUUCGACAUGUUGAGCCUGCUGAGCCUUCCGCGUCUACCCCGUCCACACAGAAUAACAGGCGUCCAAGAUCUCUCGACACGGAACCACUCCAGCCCAACAAAAGCAAGAGAAGGUUUGUGUCCGAUGUACCCCUGACAGAUAAGACAAUCACGCUCUAUCAGGUCGAAAAUGGACCGAAGGACUACGUUAUCGAGCACUUUGGAGGUAUUCCGUAUGUUCUUGAGUGUGCAGAGCAUGGAAAGGAAUUCCACGUCCGUGGUGCUAUAAACAGUGCCCAGACCCACCUCAGGACACCGGAACAUUACGAUACGGCCAACAACCCUGAUAUUUCCCUAACAUGGGACAAGGUAAUCGCCAAGCUUGGUAAACGUGUGCUGUAUUGCACCUUAUAUGAUGCGAAGAGGAACAAUGCUUUUGUUCUGGGGAAGCAGAACGUCCGCAACGGGCAAUCCACUCGAACACGUUCAAGUCUAACUGCAAUCGCGGACGACAACACCGACGCUGCGCCGAAUUCCAGUCGGACCCGUUCUGUAACUCGUCUUCGCCAAUACAACGCUAGGCCUAUAGAAGGCCCAGUUGGCAAUAGCGUCAAUAUCGCCGACGGUACUUCCGCAAACGAAACCUCUAAAGUCUUCUAUAACCGCACAGCGGGCACAGAUUACGCUUCUCCCGAAGAGAGACGAUCCCUUAUAACCGCCGGAAAGCAAGCAAUUCGGCGUCCGGUCGCCGUCGCGCCUGACGUUCGGUUUCCUGCUUGUGAUGGUCUACCUAGAUACGAAGAGCCUUACCGACCUAGUGACAAUGGGCCAGAUUUGGACCACCAUGGCGAUCAUAUGGAGGUUGAUUGCCGGACCAUCAAUGACAGUGCUGACAGCUCUGACAGCACUGGCUACUACCUGCCCUUUGUAAGGAGCACAUUCCAAUUGGGUAGCACCAAUUACGACAGUCACUUGCAUCGAGAGGUUGAGGACCUAUCCAUGAGUGAUGGUGCUCAAGCUGGACCUAGCUCUAGAAGUGCUGUGGUCAAGAGUGAGGAGCGGUCUAAGGCUAGAGUGCAGGCAAGGAAUGCGGCGGAGGUGGCCUAUAGCAGAAUAUUGGCCGAUCCACCCUCUGCAGCUACAAGCGAUCUAGGAUAUUUCAUCCGACCAUGUCCGAAUCAAGACCCUCCUAACGUUUGCCAGGAUGUUCUUGCGGAUAGCACAUCUACCAAUCCCCAUAAGCAGACCUACUUGUACAAAAUUGCGCAAUCAACAGGUCUUGUCGAUAAACGUCUAUUCAGCCUGUACUCUCAAUUGAAUAACUCUUUGACGAAGGAGGGGCCAGUUCAGGCCAUUGUGUGGAGUGACGGUUGGGCAACGUGGCUGUUGGUCUGGACUUCAGCGGUUGUGGCCAUCUUUUCUUAG